UGAUAAAUGAUGAAGUAGUAGACUAUGCAACGCCAGUAUGUUUAAUCGCAAUGAAGUGUUGCCUUUCCAGAUUCCUUAUAUGUUUACUUGCGUAUACUGUGAGUUUCGUUAAUAGCACUAAGAAUGAGGCCACGGAAGAUGUGAAGCCUCCUGAGCCAAGGUUUAUUUCUAGUGACAACUCAUUGCUCGGAAGCUUGUACGGUGUGAUGAGUUUGCGUCGCAUACGGAGAUCAUUGAACCAAUAUUACUGUCAAGUUGCUCCCUAUAUAAGUUUGGGUGAUAAUCCUCCAGUAAUCACUGUUUACGGCAAUAUGAAAUCGAUGACGGGAAUAUUGGUCGGGUAUGGAACGAAGGAGGUGAGAAGCAUGUUCAGACCUAACAAGGGCUAUGUCUACGGCGUCGGAAAUUCACGUGGUAACAGGGUGAAGUCCAAACGUAACAUUGCAUUUAGCGUUGACUAUGCGCCACCUCAACAACCUCGAUGGAAUACUGAGGAGUUUUGUAUGUUGGUCUUUUCUCCAGCACUCAAAUUCGGCCCAUCACUUGAAAACCUCAUAGGAAAACGCUUUGACCACGAAAAUCGCCGUCUAGGAUCCACGGAAAACAUAUCCAGAACGUUAAUACGAGAAAGUGAAGGCACUGAUUCUAAAUUGGUAACACAAUGUUGCUUUUUAAUGUAUCAUUAACCAUUUUUGCACUACAAGUCCCACUAAACAAACAACUAUA